GGGAAAGUAUCUAAGCAUGAAUCGGGGCAGUUGCCCGUGCGCGAAGCUACGUGUAAGAACAGAAGUGUCGUAUGUCGUGCUCCUCUUCUUUCGUUUAUUGUCCUCUUAUCAUUGAUAAAUACAAGCAGAGCCAAAUCAUGGCUUCAUUAAAAACUCUUCGCAUCAGGAUCUUCCAAUUAAUACCAGAGUAACAUUUAAUUAUUUUUUUUUGUGUGUGUGUCGUGUAUAGCGUUUUUUGUGUGUAUAGUGUGUUUAAAAAAAAAAAAAAGAAAAGGUGCGCCACCGUCCUUUCUACGAGGACGAAUCAUGGGAUCUAAGUUUGAUGGACACACUGCUUUUGAAUCUCGUUUUGGGACAUAUCUACGAAAAGACAUGAGCGAAAGGAGUGACUCGGAUUUUCAAUUUACAAGUCCACCGGAGGCUCCAGUCUUUGAGCCCACUGCCGAGGAGUUCCUGGAUCCAUUGGGAUACAUUGCCAAGAUUCGUCCAAUUGCUGAAAAAUCGGGAAUCUGCAAGAUUAAACCUCCUCCUAAUUGGCAACCCCCUUUUGCUGUUGACGUGGACAAAUUUAAAUUCGUCCCAAGGAUACAAAGGCUAAAUGAAUUAGAGGCAAAAACAAGGAUAAAACUAAAUUUCUUAGAUCAAAUUGCUAAAUUUUGGGAACUUCAAGGAUCGUCAUUAAAAAUUCCACUAGUUGAGCGUAAAGCACUUGACUUGUAUUCUCUACAUAGAAUAGUGACUAGUGAAGGCGGAAUAGAAAAUGUGACUAAAGAAAGAAGAUGGGCAAAAAUAGCAAAUAAACUUGGAUAUCCUUCUGGUCGAAGUGUUGGAAGUAUUCUUAAAAAUCAUUAUGAAAGAAUAUUAUAUCCCUUUGAUGUUUUUAAACAAGGGAAAACUUUAAGUGAUAUUAAAAUUGAACCGGAAAUCGAAGCUAAUGAAAGAAAGGAUCAGGAUUAUAAACCACAUGGAAUUAUAUCGCGACAACAAAUUAAACCACCGAAUGCAAAAUUUUCAAGACGUUCGAAACGAUUUACCGGUCAAGAUGAUAAACAAGAUCCAUUAUCAAUUAAACAAGAAGACUGUAAGGAAGAAUGUGAUUCUGAUAAUGAAUGUAAAGAAGGCGUUAAAAGUAAAAAUACAUCGCCUGAUAAAGUAGCGGAAAACAGUAAAGAAUUGAAGAAACUUCAAUUUUACGGUGCCGGUCCAAAAAUGGCUGGAUUUAAUACCAAAGAAAGCAAAAAGUCUAACAAAACCAGAGGGAUUAAACUUACCUACGAAUUCGAUCCGCUGGCUAAAUACAUUUGUCAUAAUUGUGGGCGAGGAGACAAUGAAGAGAAUAUGUUGCUGUGCGACGGAUGUGAUGAUAGUUAUCACACCUUUUGUCUUUUACCGCCUUUAACUGAAAUUCCAAAAGGUGAUUGGCGUUGUCCAAAAUGUGUAGCUGAGGAAGUUUCAAAGCCAAUGGAGGCAUUUGGUUUUGAACAAGCUCAACGGGAAUAUACACUUCAACAAUUUGGAGAAAUGGCCGAUCAAUUUAAAAGUGAUUAUUUCAAUAUGCCUGUUCAUAUGGUACCAACCUCACUUGUUGAGAAAGAAUUUUGGCGAAUAGUAUCGUCAAUUGAUGAGGAUGUUACCGUUGAAUAUGGCGCUGAUCUUCAUACAAUGGAUCAUGGUUCAGGAUUUCCAACUAAAACAAGUGUCAAUCUUUUUACAUGCGAUCAAGAAUAUGCUGAAUCAUCGUGGAAUUUAAAUAAUCUUCCCGUUUUACAAGGAAGUAUAUUGGGUCAUAUUAAUGCCGAUAUCAGUGGAAUGAAAGUACCUUGGAUGUAUGUGGGAAUGUGUUUUGCAACAUUUUGUUGGCACAAUGAAGAUCAUUGGAGUUAUUCAAUUAAUUAUUUACAUUGGGGUGAACCAAAAACAUGGUACGGUGUACCGGGCUCAUUAGCUGAGAGAUUUGAAGAAUCAAUGAAAUCAGCGGCGCCUGAAUUAUUUCACAGUCAACCUGAUUUGUUACAUCAAUUGGUGACAAUUAUGAAUCCUAAUAUUUUGACAAAUGAAGGAGUGCCAGUAUUUCGAACUGAUCAACAUGCGGGUGAAUUCGUAGUCACUUUUCCCAGAGCGUAUCACGCUGGUUUUAAUCAAGGAUAUAAUUUUGCCGAAGCAGUCAAUUUCGCACCAGCCGAUUGGUUAAAAGUGGGAAGAGAAUGCAUUUCACAUUAUUCGAAUUUGAGAAGGUUCUGUGUUUUCUCACAUGACGAAUUGGUCUGCAAAAUGUCUUUAGAACCCGAUACAUUAGAUAUUGGCGUUGCUACAUCAACUUAUCACGAUAUGUUACAAAUGGUAGAUGAUGAGAAAAAAUUGCGAAAAAAUCUUCUUGAAUGGGGAGUGACAGAGGCAGAACGUGAAGCUUUUGAAUUACUUCCCGAUGAUGAGAGACAGUGUGAAGCAUGUAAAACGACCUGUUUUUUAAGUGCUGUUACUUGUUCGUGUCAAAGUUCGCAAUUGGUUUGUCUAAGGCAUUUCACUGAUCUUUGUGAGUGUUUGCCUGAGAAGCAUACAUUAAGAUAUAGAUAUACGCUAGAUGAAUUACCCAUCAUGUUGCAAAAGUUGAAGCUUAAAGCCGAGUCUUUUGACUCGUGGGUUGCAAAAGUAAAAGAGGCAAUGGAUCCUGAUGGAGAGAAAAUUGAGCUUCAUGAAUUAAAGGAACUUUUAACCGAAGCCGAAGCUAAAAAAUUUCCUGAAAGUGAACUUUUGACUGCACUUACAAAUGCAAUUCAGGAUGCCGAAAAAUGUGCUAGUGUCGCACAACAAUUGUUAAGCACUAAACAACGCACGAGAACAAGACAAUCAGUCGACAACAAGUACAAAUUAACUGUGGAAGAAUUAACAUUGUUCUACAAAGAAAUAUCAAAUUUGAGUUGUGAACUUAAAGAAGCAGAGGGCAUUAAGUACAUAUUAGAUCAAGUCACGCAAUUUCAAAAAGAUGCGGAAGAUUUAGAAGCGGCUGAAGAUGAUUGUGAUAUUGAUAAACUUGAGAAUUGUAUCGAUUUUGGAGAGUCAAUUUGCAUUGAUUUACCACAGCUCGUCCGAUUGAAACAGAAAAUGUCGCAGAUUCGUUGGUUGGAGGAAGUGAAGACAAUACAAGAGGAGCCAAAGACAAUUACACGUGAGGAUCUAGGAAAUUUAAUUGAAAAAGGAAUGACAAUUCCGCCACAUUUCAGUAUUGAAAAUACACUUUCUAAAUUGCAAGGACUUUUAAACAGUAUUGAUAAAUGGGAGGAGAAGGCAAAAUUAUUUAUACACACCAAGGAACGACAAUCAAUAAAAAUAGUUGAGGAAUUUGUUAUUGAAGCCGAUGAAAUUGAUGCCUAUUUACCAAGUUUAAAUAUAUUACAAGAAGUUUUAAAUAAAGCAAAAAGUUGGACAAAAAUUGUUGAAGAUAUUCAAGGAAAGGAUAAUAUUGCAUAUUAUGAUACACUUGAUGAACUUGUUCGUAAAGGACGAAACAUUCCACUACAUUUGGACGCGUUACCAGUUCUUGAAUCAAUUCUUUCGCAAGCAAGAUUAUGGAAGGAAAGAACAGCGAGGACAUUCCUGAGAAAAAAUUCACAUUAUACAUUAAUGGAGGCAUUAUCGCCACGUGUUGGCGUUGGUGUACAAUCAAUGAAAACAAAGAAAAAUCGUGGCGAUGAUACAAUAAACGCUAUUUAUGUUUGUGAUACAAAACUUGACGAUUCAAGUAAUUCGGCGGCGGUUGUUGCCGCUUUUAAACUCGCUGAACAACGUGAAAUGGAAGCAAUGAGAAAUUUACGAAAGAAAAAUGCAAUGAAGGCACAACUUGAUGAUUCAAAAUAUUGUGUUUGUCGUAAAUCAAGAUUUGGCACAAUGUUUCAUUGUGAAUUGUGCAGAGACUGGUUUCAUUAUCACUGUGUACCACUUCCAAAAUUGGCUGUCAAGGGAAAAACAUCCGUAUCGCCGGAAAUGAAAUUUCUCUGUCCUUGCUGUUUAAGAUCACGAAGACCACGUUUGGAGACAAUUUUAUCGCUUUUGGUUAGUCUUCAAAAAAUACCAGUACGUUUACCGGAAGGAGAAGCUUUACAAUGUCUUACAGAACGUGCCAUGAAUUGGCAGGAUCGAGCAAGACAAGCAUUGGCUACAGAGGAGGUUAGUUCGGCUUUGUCGAAAUUAUCGGUCCUAUCACAAAAAUUGGUGGAAGCUGCUGCUAGAGAAAAGACUGAGAAAAUAAUAAGCAGCGAAUUGAAAAAGGCCGCGAAUAAUCCUGAACUUCAUCAAAGGGUACAGGCAAUUGCACCACUCAGUGGAGUACAUUCGGAUGAUAGUGCUCUCAGCGCACAGGAGGAUGACGACGAUGUAAUUCCACUCGAAGAUGAUGAACCUACAUGCAGUACAUUUAAUAGUAAUGAACACGCUUAUUCCUAUGUUUCCAAAUUCAAUCCAAAAGGUGAUGGAGUAAAAGAUCCGGAAUCAUCGAUUAAUUUAUCAGAUACGGUUAAAUCACAUCUUGAUGAUUUAAUGAUGGAAGGUGAUUUAUUGGAAGUUGCAUUAGAUGAAACGCAUCAUAUAUGGCGAAUUUUAAGUCAUACGGCAAGUCCAAAAAGUGUACGUAAAUAUGCGGCAUUAGAUGAAACAAAAGGUAAUCAAGAUUUAGAAGUAAAGGAGGUGAAAAAACGUGGUCGUAAACGAAAAUCAGAUGAAUUUGAUCUUAUGAAAAUGAAUCGUCAACGUUCGGAGGAGAAAUUAUUGUCGAAACAACAACGUAAGGGAUUUAAUAAGGAGAAAAAAAUUACGUCUGUCACUGGACAAGUAAAACGUGGACCACGUAAGAUGAAACGAAAGGAUGGGGAGGAAGUUGCGAAGAAGAGGGCAGGACGUAAGAAAACAAAACAGGAUACUUCUGAAGAUGAGGAAGAUUGUGCUGCGUAUAGCUGUUUACGACCCAGUGGACAUGAAGUCGAUUGGGUUCAAUGUGAUGGUGGUUGUAAUGGUUGGUUCCAUAUGCAUUGUGUUGGUCUUGAUCGAACUGAACUUGCUGAAGAAGAUGACUAUAUCUGUGCUAAUUGUAAAGACACGGAUCAAAACACUACGGGAUACCAGAGUGCGGAUGCUGACACAGAUGCUGACAGUCAAGAGAUGACAUCUUUCGUCAGAACUUGUUAAAUUGAAGGUCAUAUAGACACAACUAUAAAAUUGCACAAAGGAAACAUUUCCCGUAUACUGGAAAAUCAAUCGAAGGAAAAAGUGAUUUGAAUUUUUAUUCAAUUUUAGAAAAUCUUUGUAAAUUUCAAAUACGCUGGGAAAAAUUGGCAAAAUUUUGUUUUUGAGAGAAAAAAAAAAAGUGAAUGAAAACUUGAGAUAUAAAAUGAAUGUGUGAAGUAAAAAAAGGAUCAUUUCUUUUUUUUUCAAUUAAAAUGGCAAAUGCAGUGAAAAUAAUAAAAAAAAAAUAAGUGGUGGUUUAUGGCCUUCGAAAAUUCUUCGCGCCUUGCGUGGUGUGUAGAGAUAGACUGAAAAA